AUGAGUGCCAGUUUUAAAGAAAUUAUUACAAAAAACGACAGCGAUGACGACCUGAAUGAAACGGCAGAUGAUGACGAUAUACAGGUACCAAACGAAAAUGUUCUACCGUCAUCAGAUUCGGAAGAUACAGAAAAUAGCCUAAAUAAUGGGAUAGUUAGAUGUAGAAGUAACAAUAAACGACAAAGAAUACUUAGCACAUCUACCGAUGAGGAUGAUUUAGAUUCAAAUUCGAAUUUAGAAAGAUCCGACUUGAAUGAAGUGCUUUCAACGUUAUCAUGGUCGAAAAACGAUUUCAAGCCCACACUACAUGCAUUUAACGACAACAAUUCUGGAGUAAAAGGAAAUUUAACUCCAGAAGCUACGCCUUUGGAUGCUUUUCAAUUCUUCUUUUCGGAAGGGUUAAUUUCACAUAUUACUGAGGAGACGAACAAUUAUUAUAAAUUUGUUAUUGAAAAUACUACAUUUAAAACGUAUUCUCGUAUCAAUACUUGGAAAGAUACAUCAAUAUAUGAGAUGUACGGAUUUUUAGCUAUCACGAUGUUAAUGCCGCGGGUGAAGAAAUUGACUCUAAAAGAGUAUUGGUCGACCGAUGACAUGUUAAAAACUAAUAUUUUUCCAAGAACUAUGGCGCGAGACAGAUAUAUGAUAUUAUUGCAAAUGUUGCAUUUUAAUGAUAACAAUGUACAAAGUGAUGAUCCAUUGAUAAAAAUACGACCUAUAUUUGAUACUCUGAAGAACUCUUUCUCACAGUCAUUUUAUCCGUACAAAGAUUUGUGCAUUGACGAAAGCCUUAUGUUGUUCAAAGGCCGGUUACUUUAA